AGUGAUUUCCUUCCUGAUCCUCAAGAAGGGGAAGUUGAAAGUGCAUGACACAUCAAGGAAGAUUUGUCAUCUGGCUUCAGUGCAUUGUUGUACAAGAACGUACACAUGCCUGCUCUUUGUUUUUUAUUCCUGUCCAUCCUGAGCCAAGUUUGCUCGGAGGCUCUCAAGGUCAUCGGUCAUGUCGGGCACGAUAUCACGUUGCCUUGCGCCUAUGACGCUCGAGCUCAUGGCUCUCUGAGUUUCUGUUGGGGUCGAGGAGAGGUCCCCACUUUCAAAUGCUCCGAUUAUAUCCUUUCCGCCGAAGAUGGGGCGGUGGUCUUCGUCAGUGAGCCCAGGUACCGGCUGCUGGGUCUUGGGGGUGACGGUGACGUGUCUCUGACCAUCCACAACGUCCAGCUCGGUGAUGCUGGGGUGUACGGCUGCAGGGUGGAGUUGCCCGGGUGGUUCAAUGAUCACAAAGUCAACACGUACUUGGUGGUAGAGGAAGCUCCUUUGCAACAACCUGUCACUCAAGACAUUGUACAUCCAACAGCAGGAAUACAACGGGAAAUGACAGAUGUGAUGUCUACAUUUAAACAUCAGGAAGGAGAUACAUUAAAGAGCACUAAAAGAGAGGAGGAAAACAUCGAAGUGUUCCAAGAAGUGGGGAACAUUUGCAGGCUGGCAGCUGCAAUCUCACUGACCAUCGUCAUCAUCAUCACAAUCUUUGUUUCCUGGAGAAGGCCUCGUCAUCUUCAGCAUUUGAAAACAUCAACAAUGGAGAAUAUUUAUCAAAAUGUUUAAGGUUAGCACACCAAUUCUUUGUGUAUCUCUCUUUCCUGCAGUGCAUGCAUGUUUCUUUUUUAUUCACAGACACACUGCCUCCUUGUGGAUUUGAUUUAUUACUACAAAAAUAGAUGUGAGAAAUGACAGGAAGAGCUUCAUCGCCUCUGCCAACAAAUGUGUUUUUUUUUCAUCAUUUGUUUGGUUUGUAUCCAAACACACAAACCUUGUUCAUGUUAGAUGAAAAUAUAACAAUGUUAUAUAUUUUCCCAUAUUAAUGGUGAUUUUAUGUUCAGCCAUUUUUUGUCACUUUUCACUCGAAUAAAUUUCCCUUGAUACUU